AUGUGGUUGCUCCUGCGAACCCAAAUCCCGCCCAGCCCUACGACCCAGCCGCUCCUGUCUAUGUCCCAAACCCCGCCCAGCAAGCUCCUACUCCCGGUGCAUGCCAAGUGCGGUACCGAUCCCAGGCUGCACUUCAAGCCGAAAUUGACCGGAUUUAUGCACUGCUUCAGCCCAACAACCGACGGCCUUCAUCUUCAACUGAACGCCCUUCUGAAUGGGCUCGCACUCCCACCCAUGGAUGAUGAGCUUGAUGAGCAUGAUCAAUUGUAA